CGUCUCGUUCCUUCUCUCCCCCAUGACUGUCUUCAUUCUCUCGCCCCCAUUUUCUCUCCAUUUGUGCUCUUCUUCCUCCUCUUCUAGCUUCGCGGUGUGGAUGAAUCUGCCGGAAGCUCAGAUUUUGUCCAGCUUGCACCUCUGUUGUUGCGGUUUCACGCUUCAACUCUGUGUAGAAUCUCUUGAUUUGUCGACACUACCCAGUUCUCAGUAGAGAAUUCUAGGAGAUUUUAACGUGUUUUUAUUUUCUUAGUUCUGUCUUUCAUCACCUUUGGUAUUCAGAACCAAGGUUUUUAUUUUUAUUUUUUAUUUUUAUUUUUUUAUUGGGGUUUGUAAGCCUGUUGAAGUGGUUUUGAGGAGGGAGUUGGAAUCUAGGAGACGUGCAUGUGCUGUGGGAGGAAUUCUCUGGGGAUUUCGAGGCCUUGUUGUAUGUUGUUCAGUAAAGGGAGUAGCUUUUUCCACUUGAAGGGGCUGGUGCUGCUGUUGUUGCAAGUCUUUUGACAUUGAAAGAGGCGGGGUUGCACGCCCCGGUGUGAGGAAGAGUCUUGUAGUAGGUGGGUUGUGUUGUGCCGUGGUAUAGUAUGCCGAAGCCUUGUGAUGCAUGCCAUGUUUCCAGCGCGGCGGUGUUCUGCCGAGCGGACGCUGCCUACCUGUGCGUAGGCUGCGAUGGGAAGGUCCACGGGGCCAACAAACUAGCGUCUCGACACGAGCGCGUGUGGAUGUGCGAAGUGUGCGAGGUUGCUCCAGCCGUGGUGACCUGCAAGGCGGAUGCGGCUUCUCUCUGUGUGGCCUGUGACACAGACAUCCACUCCGCCAACCCGCUAGCGCAGCGUCACGAGAGAGUGCCGGUGACACCUCUGUUCGAGAGUGCGAGUCCUUUGCGUGGGCCAGAUUUCUGCGUGUUGGUGUCAGAGAAUGGGUGCCAUGAUCUGCUGAAGGGCUGUGAGGACGCCUCGGUUGUGGAAGCUGUCUCGUGGCUUCUUCCGCACCCUAAGAUCUCGACCAACUCUAUUAUCAGAGGCAGCGCUGCAGCCGACGAGAUGGGUUCGUCGCCUUUCCACGACCGGCCCUUUAGUCCCAAGCCCAAGAAACAGAAGGUUGAAUUGCCCGCGGACAUAUUCUCUGAUGUGGACCCUUUCCUAGACUUGGACGAUGCAACCGUUACCGGAAUUCAACCCGACAGCUUGGUACCAGUCCAUAUGCCAGAAUGCUCCGAGGACACGGAUUCGCUUGCUCACUCCAUGGACCCUUCGUUUACUAAAUUUCCUCUCUCGGCGAAGAGCGGUUACAGCUAUGGCACAUCUACCCUUACUCAGAGCAUUUCUUGUUCGUCUCUAGAUGCCGCCGUUGUUCCAGACUCCAGUCUCAGCGACAUUUCCACACCCUACCUAGACUCACAAAGCUCCCAAGAUAUGUCAGCUCGCCUGCCACACCAGACUGGAGGUCCCAUUGACACCGUCGACCGUGAAGCUCGCGUGUUGCGCUACAAGGAGAAGAGGCAGAAGCGCAAGUUUGAGAAAACAAUUCGCUAUGCAUCAAGGAAGGCAUAUGCUGAGAGCCGGCCGAGGAUCAAAGGAAGGUUCGCUAAGAGAACUGAUUCCGACAUGGAGCAGUUUGGCUCAGUGGACUCAAGUUUCGGAGUGGUUCCAAGUUUUUGAGUUUUCUUGUGUAUUGGAGUCUCCAUCGAGCAAGGUCAUCUGAAAUGGAAAGCUGCUGUGUAACAUAGAGGAGCUGCUGUAAGAACUGUGUAGAGCCAUCCAAGUGGUGAAGCACCUGAAAAAGUGGCAGCAAUGUAAAUUGUUCAGACUCUCAAUGGUCACCAGUACCAAGUCAUGCCAUUCUAUAAUCCCUUUCAGAACACGAUUAAAUGCCUUGUGGACAGUACAGGAUGUAGUCAGAGUUCUAGUAGUGGUUUUUUUCUAUUUUUCUUUUUGUUGAUUGAGAGCUUUCGGAACGGUGAGAACUUCGUGGCGCGAAUCCUCUGUCCUGCGAUCGUUAUGAUGCAGCGAAUUCUUCCGAUCUUGAUGUAUUUCAACACUUCCAUAAUGCUCUUGGAUUUUUGGGUCAUUUCCUCAGAA